CUUUCCCAGCCGCGCUCUCAGUCUCUAGCUCGCUCGCUCUCCCUCUCCCCGGGCCGUGGAAAGGAUCCCACUUCCGGUGGGGUGUCAUGGCGGCGUCUCGGACUGUGAUGGCUGUGGGGAGACGGCGCUAGUGGGGAGAGCGACCAAGAGGCCCCCUCCCCUCCCCGGGUCCCCCUCCCCCGCCCCCCUUCCCCCUGCCUCCUCGCCAACGCCCCCUUCCCCUGUCCCCCUCCCGGCUCGGCGCAGGCCCCCCAUCCCCACCCCCGUGGGAACGUUCGGAGCCUGCACUCCUCAGACCCUCUCCUCGCCUCUGCCCUCACCUCGGCCCCCGCUCCCCGCCCUCUUCCCGGCCCUGGGCGCCGGCCGGCCCGUCCCUCCGCCGCCCCCCGGCCGCGGGGAGGACAUGGCCGCGCACAGGCCGGUGGAAUGGGUCCAGGCCGUGGUCAGCCGCUUCGACGAGCAGAGCUAACAUGUUUUAUGAAUCAAGUUUCAGAUCUGGUGGUCUUGGAUUUGUCACUUGCUUUUAGUGCUUCCAAUAAAAACAGGACAACAGAACACGCAUACCAAAGUCAGUACUGAACACAACAAGGAAUGUCUUAUUAAUAUUUCCAAAUACAAGUUUUCUUUGGUUAUCAGCGGCCUCACCACUAUCUUAAAGAAUGUUAACAAUAUGAGAAUAUUUGGAGAAGCUGCUGAAAAAAAUUUAUAUCUCUCUCAGUUGAUUAUAUUGGAUACACUGGAAAAAUGUCUUGCUGGGCAACCAAAGGACACAAUGAGAUUAGAUGAAACAAUGCUGGUCAAACAGUUGCUGCCAGAAAUCUGCCAUUUUCUUCAUACCUGUAGGGAAGGAAACCAACAUGCCGCUGAACUUCGGAAUUCUGCCUCUGGCGUUUUAUUUUCUCUCAGCUGCAACAACUUCAAUGCAGUGUUUAGUCGGAUUUCUACCAGAUUACAGGAAUUGACUGUUUGUUCAGAAGACAAUGUUGAUGUUCAUGAUAUAGAAUUGUUACAGUAUAUCAAUGUGGAUUGUGCAAAAUUAAAACGACUACUAAAGGAAACUGCAUUUAAAUUUAAAGCCCUAAAGAAGGUCGCACAGUUAGCAGUUAUAAAUAGCCUGGAAAAAGCAUUUUGGAACUGGGUAGAAAAUUAUCCAGAUGAAUUUACAAAGCUAUACCAGAUUCCACAGACUGAUAUGGCUGAGUGUGCAGAAAAACUGUUUGACUUGGUGGAUGGUUUUGCUGAAAGCACCAAACGUAAAGCAGCGGUUUGGCCACUACAAAUCAUUCUCCUUAUCUUGUGUCCAGAAAUAAUCCAGGAUAUAUCCAAGGAUGUGGUUGAUGAAAACAACAUGAAUAAGAAGUUGUUUUUGGACAGUCUACGAAAAGCACUUGCCGGCCAUGGAGGAAGCAGGCAGUUGACGGAAAGUGCUGCAAUUGCCUGUGUCAAACUGUGUAAAGCAAGUACUUAUAUCAACUGGGAAGAUAACUCUGUCAUUUUCCUACUAGUUCAGUCCAUGGUGGUAGAUCUUAAGAACCUGCUUUUUAAUCCAAGUAAACCAUUCUCAAGAGGCAGUCAGCCUGCAGAUGUGGAUCUAAUGAUUGACUGCCUUGUUUCUUGCUUUCGUAUAAGCCCUCACAACAACCAACACUUUAAGAUCUGCCUGGCUCAGAAUUCCCCUUCUACAUUUCACUAUGUGCUGGUAAAUUCACUCCAUCGAAUCAUCACCAAUUCUGCAUUGGAUUGGUGGCCUAAGAUUGAUGCUGUAUACUGUCACUCAGUUGAGCUUCGAAACAUGUUUGGUGAAACACUUCAUAAAGCAGUGCAGGGUUGUGGAGCACACCCAGCAAUACGGAUGGCACCGAGUCUUACAUUUAAAGAAAAAGUAACAAGCCUUAAAUUUAAAGAAAAACCUACAGACCUGGAGACAAGAAGCUAUAAGUAUCUUCUCUUGUCCAUGGUGAAACUAAUUCAUGCAGAUCCAAAGCUCUUGCUUUGUAAUCCAAGAAAACAGGGGCCUGAAACCCAAGGCAGUACAGCGGAGUUAAUAACAGGGCUCGUCCAGCUGGUCCCUCAGUCACACAUGCCAGAGAUUGCUCAGGAAGCAAUGGAGGCUUUACUGGUUCUUCAUCAGUUAGAUAGCAUUGAUUUGUGGAAUCCUGAUGCUCCUGUAGAGACAUUCUGGGAAAUUAGCUCUCAAAUGCUUUUUUACAUCUGCAAGAAAUUAACUAGCCAUCAAAUGCUUAGUAGCACAGAAAUUCUCAAAUGGUUGCGGGAAAUUUUGAUCUGCAGGAAUAAAUUUCUUCUUAAAAAUAAGCAGGCAGAUAGAAGUUCCUGUCACUUUCUCUUCCUUUAUGGGGUAGGAUGUGAUGUUCCUUCAAGUGGAACUGCCGGUCAGAUGUCCAUGAAUCAUGAAGAAUUACUACCUUCUUGUACUCCUGGAGCCUCUCUUCGGAAGGGAAAAGGAAACUCAUCCAUGGAUAGUGCAGCAGGGUGCAGCGGCACCCCCCCAAUCUGCCGACAAGCUCAGACUAAACUAGAAGUGGCCCUGUACAUGUUCCUGUGGAGCCCUGACACUGAAGCUGUUCUGGUGGCCAUGUCCUGUUUCCGCCACCUCUGCGAGGAAGCAGAUAUCCGGUGUGGGGUGGAUGAGGUGUCCGUGCACAACUUCUUGCCCAACUAUAACACAUUUAUGGAAUUUGCCUCUGUCAGCAAUAUGAUGUCAACAGGAAGAGCAGCUCUUCAGAAAAGAGUGAUGGCACUACUAAGACGCAUUGAGCAUCCCACUGCAGGAAACACCGAGGCUUGGGAAGAUACGCAUGCAAAGUGGGAACAAGCUACAAAACUAAUCCUCAACUACCCGAAAGCUAAAAUGGAAGAUGGCCAGGCUGCUGAAAGCCUUCACAAGACCAUUGUUAAGAGGCGAAUGUCUCAUGUGAGUGGAGGAGGAUCCAUAGAUUUGUCUGACACGGACUCCCUACAGGAAUGGAUCAACAUGACUGGCUUCCUUUGUGCCCUUGGGGGAGUGUGCCUGCAGCAGAGAAGCAAUUCUGGCCUGGCAACCUAUAGCCCACCCAUGGGCCCAGUCAGUGAACGCAAGGGUUCCAUGAUUUCAGUGAUGUCUUCAGAGGGAAAUGCAGAUACACCUGUCAGCAAAUUUAUGGAUCGGCUGUUAUCCUUAAUGGUGUGUAACCAUGAGAAGGUGGGACUUCAAAUACGGACCAAUGUUAAGGAUCUGGUGGGUCUUGAAUUGAGUCCUGCUCUUUAUCCAAUGCUGUUUAACAAAUUGAAGAAUACCAUCAGCAAGUUUUUUGACUCCCAAGGACAGGUUUUAUUGACUGACACCAAUACUCAAUUUGUGGAGCAAACCAUAGCUAUAAUGAAGAACUUACUAGAUAAUCAUACUGAAGGCAGCUCGGAACAUCUGGGGCAAGCUAGCAUUGAAACAAUGAUGUUAAAUCUAGUCAGAUAUGUUCGUGUGCUUGGGAAUAUGGUCCAUGCAAUUCAAAUAAAAACAAAACUGUGUCAGUUAGUCGAGGUAAUGAUGGCAAGGAGAGAUGACCUCUCAUUUUGUCAAGAGAUGAAAUUUAGGAAUAAGAUGGUAGAAUACCUGACAGACUGGGUAAUGGGAACAUCAAACCAAGCAGCAGAUGAUGAUGUAAAAUGUCUUACAAGAGACUUGGACCAGGCGAGCAUGGAAGCGGUAGUUUCACUCCUGGCUGGUCUUCCGCUGCAGCCAGAGGAAGGAGAUGGUGUGGAAUUGAUGGAAGCCAAAUCACAGUUAUUUCUUAAGUAUUUCACAUUGUUCAUGAACCUUUUGAAUGACUGUAGUGAAGUUGAAGAUGAAAAUGCACAAACAGGUGGCAGGAAACGUGGCAUGUCUCGGAGGCUGGCGUCACUGAGGCACUGUACGGUCCUCGCCAUGUCAAACUUACUCAAUGCUAAUGUGGACAGUGGCCUCAUGCACUCCAUAGGUUUAGGUUAUCAUAAAGAUCUUCAGACAAGAGCUACAUUUAUGGAAGUUCUGACAAAAAUCCUCCAGCAAGGCACAGAAUUUGACACACUUGCAGAAACGGUGCUGGCCGACCGGUUUGAGAGGCUGGUAGAAUUGGUCACGAUGAUGGGAGACCAGGGAGAGCUCCCGAUAGCCAUGGCACUGGCCAACGUGGUCCCGUGUUCUCAGUGGGAUGAACUAGCUCGAGUUCUAGUGACUCUGUUUGAUUCUCGGCAUUUACUCUACCAACUGCUCUGGAACAUGUUUUCUAAGGAAGUAGAAUUGGCAGACUCCAUGCAGACUCUUUUCCGAGGAAACAGCUUAGCCAGUAAAAUAAUGACCUUCUGUUUCAAGGUAUAUGGUGCUACCUACCUACAAAAACUCCUGGAUCCGUUAUUACGAAUUGUGAUCACAUCCUCUGAUUGGCAGCAUGUUAGCUUUGAAGUGGAUCCUACCAGGUUAGAGCAGUCAGAGAGCCUUGAGGAAAACCAACGGAACCUUCUUCAGAUGACUGAAAAGUUCUUCCAUGCCAUCAUCAGUUCCUCCUCAGAAUUUCCCCCUCAGCUUAGAAGUGUGUGCCACUGUUUAUACCAGGCAACUUGCCACUCCCUACUGAAUAAAGCUACAGUAAAAGAAAAAAAGGAAAACAAAAAAUCAGUGGUUAGCCAGCGAUUCCCUCAGAACAGCAUCGGUGCAGUGGGAAGUGCCAUGUUCCUCAGAUUUAUCAAUCCUGCCAUUGUCUCACCAUAUGAAGCAGGGAUUUUAGAUAAAAAGCCACCACCUAGAAUCGAAAGGGGCUUGAAGUUAAUGUCAAAGAUACUUCAGAGUAUUGCCAAUCAUGUUCUUUUCACAAAAGAAGAGCAUAUGCGGCCUUUUAAUGAUUUUGUGAAAAGCAACUUUGAUGCAGCACGGAGGUUUUUCCUUGAUAUAGCAUCUGAUUGUCCUACAAGUGAUGCAGUAAAUCAUAGUCUUUCCUUCAUCAGUGAUGGCAAUGUGCUUGCUUUACAUCGUCUACUCUGGAACAAUCAAGAGAAAAUUGGCCAGUAUCUUUCUAGCAACAGGGAUCACAAAGCUGUUGGAAGACGACCUUUCGAUAAGAUGGCAACACUUCUUGCGUACCUGGGUCCUCCAGAGCACAAACCUGUGGCAGAUACACACUGGUCCAGCCUUAACCUUACCAGUUCAAAGUUUGAGGAAUUUAUGACUAGGCAUCAAGUACAUGAAAAAGAAGAAUUCAAGGCUUUGAAAACAUUAAGCAUUUUCUACCAAGCUGGAACUUCCAAAGCUGGAAAUCCUAUAUUUUAUUAUGUUGCACGGAGGUUUAAAACUGGUCAAAUCAAUGGCGAUUUGCUGAUAUACCACGUCUUGCUGACUUUAAAGCCAUAUUAUGCAAAGCCAUAUGAAAUUGUAGUGGACCUUACCCAUACUGGGCCUAGCAAUCGCUUUAAAACGGACUUUCUCUCCAAGUGGUUUGUUGUUUUUCCUGGCUUUGCUUAUGACAAUGUCUCUGCAGUCUAUAUCUAUAACUGUAACUCCUGGGUCAGGGAGUACACCAAGUAUCACGAGCGGCUGCUGACUGGCCUCAAAGGCAGCAAAAGGCUCAUCUUCAUAGACUGUCCUGGGAAACUGGCUGAGCACAUAGAGCAUGAACAGCAGAAACUGCCUGCUGCCACGCUGGCUUUAGAAGAGGACUUGAAGGUAUUCCACAAUGCUCUCAAGCUAGCUCACAAAGACACCAAGGUUUCUAUUAAAGUUGGUUCUACUGCUGUCCAGGUAACCUCAGCAGAGCGAACAAAAGUCUUGGGGCAAUCAGUCUUUCUAAAUGAUAUCUAUUAUGCUUCGGAAAUUGAAGAGAUCUGCCUAGUGGAUGAGAACCAGUUCACCUUAACCAUUGCAAACCAGGGCACACCACUCACCUUCAUGCACCAGGAGUGUGAAGCCAUUGUCCAGUCUAUCAUUCAUAUUCGGACACGCUGGGAGCUGUCGCAGCCCGACUCCAUCCCCCAGCACACCAAGAUUCGGCCAAAAGAUGUCCCUGGGACGCUGCUCAAUAUUGCAUUACUUAAUUUAGGCAGUUCAGACCCUAGUUUACGGUCAGCCGCCUAUAAUCUUCUGUGUGCCUUAACUUGUACCUUUAAUUUAAAAAUCGAGGGCCAGUUACUAGAGACAUCAGGUUUAUGCAUCCCUGCCAACAACACGCUCUUUAUUGUCUCUAUUAGUAAGACACUGGCAGCCAAUGAGCCACAUCUCACCUUAGAAUUUUUGGAAGAGUGUAUUUCUGGAUUUAGCAAAUCUAGUAUUGAAUUGAAACACCUUUGUUUGGAAUACAUGACUCCAUGGCUGUCAAAUCUAGUCCGUUUUUGUAAACACAAUGAUGAUGCCAAACGACAAAGAGUUACUGCUAUUCUUGAUAAACUGAUAACAAUGACCAUAAAUGAGAAACAGAUGUACCCAUCUAUCCAAGCCAAAAUAUGGGGGAGCCUUGGGCAGAUUACAGAUCUCCUUGAUGUUGUACUAGACAGUUUCAUCAAAACCAGUGCGACAGGUGGCCUGGGAUCAAUAAAGGCUGAGGUGAUGGCAGAUACUGCUGUAGCUUUGGCUUCUGGAAAUGUGAAAUUGGUUUCAAGCAAGGUUAUUGGAAGGAUGUGCAAAAUAAUUGACAAGACAUGCUUAUCUCCAACUCCUACCUUAGAACAACAUCUUAUGUGGGACGAUAUUGCUAUUCUAGCACGCUACAUGCUGAUGCUGUCCUUCAACAAUUCCCUUGAUGUGGCAGCUCAUCUGCCCUACCUCUUCCAUGUUGUUACUUUCUUAGUAGCCACAGGGCCACUCUCCCUUAGAGCUUCCACACAUGGAUUGGUCAUUAAUAUCAUACACUCUCUGUGUACUUGUUCACAGCUUCAUUUUAGUGAAGAGACCAAGCAAGUUUUAAGACUCAGUUUGACGGAGUUCUCAUUACCCAAGUUUUACCUGCUGUUUGGCAUUAGCAAAGUCAAGUCAGCUGCCGUCAUUGCCUUCCGCUCUAGUUACCGGGACAGGUCAUUCUCUCCCGGCUCCUAUGAAAGGGAGACUUUUGCUUUGACUUCCCUGGAAACAGUCACAGAAGCUUUGUUGGAGAUCAUGGAGGCAUGUAUGAGAGAUAUUCCAACAUGCAAGUGGCUGGACCAGUGGACAGAACUAGCUCAAAGAUUUGCAUUCCAAUAUAAUCCAUCGCUACAACCAAGAGCUCUUGUUGUCUUUGGCUGUAUUAGCAAACGUGUGUCUCAUGGGCAGAUAAAGCAGAUUAUCCGUAUUCUUAGCAAGGCACUUGAGAGUUGCUUAAAAGGACCUGAUACUUACAACAGUCAAGUUCUGAUAGAAGCCACAGUAAUAGCACUAACCAAGUUACAACCACUUCUUAAUAAGGACUCCCCUCUGCACAAAGCCCUCUUUUGGGUCGCGGUGGCUGUGCUACAGCUCGACGAGGUCAGCUUGUACUCAGCAGGUACCGCGCUUCUGGAACAAAACCUGCACACCUUAGACAGUCUGCGGGUAUUCAACGACAAGAGUCCAGAGGAAGUAUUUAUGGCAAUCCGGAAUCCUCUCGAAUGGCACUGCAAGCAAAUGGAUCAUUUUGUUGGACUCAAUUUCAACUCUAACUUUAACUUCGCACUGGUUGGACACCUCUUAAAAGGGUACAGACACCCUUCACCUGCCAUUGUUGCAAGAACAGUCAGAAUUUUGCAUACACUACUAACUCUGGUUAACAAACAUAGAAACUGUGAUAAAUUUGAGGUGAACACACAGAGCGUGGCUUACUUAGCAGCCUUACUCACAGUGUCUGAGGAGGUUCGAAGUCGCUGUAGCCUAAAACAUAGAAAGUCUCUUCUUCUUACUGAUAUUUCAAUGGAAAAUGUUCCUAUGGAUACAUAUCCCAUUCAUCAUGGUGACCCUAGCUAUAGGACACUAAAGGAGAACCAGCCGUGGUCAUCUCCCAAAGGUUCUGAAGGGUACCUUGCGGCCACCUAUCCAACCGUGGGCCAGACCAGUCCCCGAGCCAGGAAAUCCAUGAGUCUGGACAUGGGGCAGCCUUCUCAGGCCAAUACGAAGAAGUUGCUGGGAACAAGGAAAAGUUUUGAUCACUUGAUAUCAGACACAAAGGCUCCUAAAAGGCAAGAAAUGGAAUCAGGGAUCACAACACCCCCCAAAAUGAGGAGAGUAGCAGAAACUGAUUAUGAAAUGGAAACUCAGAGGAUUUCCUCAUCACAACACCCGCAUUUACGCAAAGUUUCAGUGUCUGAAUCAAAUGUUCUCUUGGAUGAAGAAGUACUUACUGAUCCGAAGAUCCAAGCACUUCUUCUUACUGUUCUGGCUACGCUGGUAAAAUACACCACAGAUGAGUUUGAUCAGCGAAUUCUUUAUGAGUACUUAGCAGAAGCCAGUGUUGUUUUCCCCAAGGUUUUUCCUGUCGUGCACAAUUUGUUGGACUCUAAGAUCAAUACCCUGUUGUCAUUGUGCCAAGAUCCAAAUUUGUUAAAUCCAAUUCAUGGAAUCGUGCAGAGUGUGGUGUACCAUGAAGAAUCCCCACCACAGUACCAAACAUCUUACCUACAAAGUUUUGGUUUUAAUGGCUUGUGGCGGUUUGCAGGACCCUUUUCAAAGCAAACACAAAUCCCAGACUAUGCUGAGCUUAUUGUUAAGUUUCUUGAUGCCUUGAUUGACACGUAUUUGCCUGGAAUUGAUGAAGAAACCAGUGAGGAGUCCCUCCUGACACCCACUUCUCCUUAUCCUCCUGCAGUGCAGAGCCAGCUUAGUAUUACUGCUAACCUUAACCUUUCUAAUUCCAUGACCUCACUUGCAACUUCCCAGCAUUCCCCAGGAAUCGACAAGGAGAACGUUGAACUCUCCCCCACCACCGGGCACUGUAACAGUGGACGAACUCGCCAUGGAUCCGCAAGCCAAGUGCAGAAGCAAAGAAGCGCUGGCAGUUUCAAACGUGUUCAGAACAACUGCAAAGAAAGUGGGAGGUCAGGACGCUUGCACUGAGAACAUCCCAGUUGUGAGAGAGGAUGAAUUCUCGAAUACUGCUACCACUGACCAGCUAUGAAAGCCAUUUGCACAGAGCUCUCUGCCUUCUCUGUUUCCCCUUCUUCAUCAUACAAAGUAAAGUGUUAGUCUUAUUUACACACUUUUCAAGAUAGAAGUUUAUGGGAGAAAUAAUACUAUAACCCCAGUAUGUUUAAUCUGACUUUUAGCUGUGGACUUUUUUUUACCUUACAAAACUGAAGGAACCGUAGAGGUCAAGCCUCAGUGACUUCACACCAUAAAGCCACAGGCAAGGUACUCUGGGGGGUGGAGGGAUUUAGUAUUUUGUAAUGAGUUCUUAGGAAGUACUAAUACUUGAGUAUUAGCAAUAAUUACAGGAAAAUAAGCAUAACCACGUAUAUCUUAACAUUACCGAAUUAAGCGAUGGGUUCUGAGGCCUUAUCCAAACUCAGUCAUCCAAACUAGUUUAUUUUUUUCUCCAGUUAAUUAUCUUUUAAUCUUUAAAUAUACUAAAAGUUGUUGUUUUUUGUUUUUAUAAGCCAAAACUAUACUAAGUAUAGUAAUUAUAUGUUUUCCCCCUCCUCUCUUCUUUGCUAAAUAAUUCUGAGCAGGGUAAUCAGUGAACAAAGUGUUGAAAAUUGUUCCUUGAAGGUAAUUUUCAUAGAUGUUUGCAUUAGCUCCGUAGCAAAAUGGAAUGGUACGUGACUUUUAGAGUAGCUGAUGCUUUUAUUUUGUUUAAUAAUUUUACCAGAAACACAGAGUAUGGUGUAUAUUAUCAAAACUUUCUUCGAUAACAUGUAUUUUAAGUGUCUUGUAAUCUUCUCCCUCCCCUCCAAAAAAAUCAGGAAUCUCUUUAGCAAACAUUGGGGUUCUAUUUGAUAGAAUUGCAUUUAAUCACUGUGAAAGGACUGGUCAGCCUGCGUUAGGAUGACAAUAGGGGACCUUAAGAGUUGCUGCUAUACUGAAACGGUAUGGAUUAUCAUGGUGUUGGAAUUUCCAUAGUAAUGCAGAUCCAGUUUUUUCGUGGUACCUGCAGUAUGCAGAAUGGUUUGACUUCAGUGAGCAUAUUAGUAGUAUCUGGAUGUUCCAAUUUAGAUCUAAACCAUAUUUAUUACAAAAAGAUAUUCUCCCCCUACUCCCAGGUUCCCUUUCUAUGUUCCAAUGUAAUGGCUUGGGGAGGGGAAAAGACACCCGGGGAGGGGGUGCUUCCUGUGGUGCUGUUUCAUGAGUGGAUUUCAGUAAAUUAAAUUCCACAGCUAAAUCAAUAAAUAAUGGUACAUUGAAGUGUUCUGAUUUUAAUAAUACAACACAUUUCACAUUUAUCCACACAGUAACAAUGUAAUAUGUUAAUGUAAAUAAAAUUGCUUUUGAUAUUCAGAAAUAACAAGAAUUUAAUUUUUUUAAUUGGUUUACAGUCUGGGAAAAGUAAGAACCAUUUGCCAAAAUAAAAGGAAAAAACUUUAGUAUUAAUAGUUAUUUUGAUGUAGAAUUGUUGGAAAAUAUUGAAGACAGGUGCAAUUAACUAAACUUUUGUUUUUAACUAUUGUAGAGGCUGCAUUAGGGUAGAAUGUUCAUAGUAACAGAGCAGCUAGGACUCUAAAGACGCUGAGACAAGAAUUGAGUUUAGAAACAGAUCCUUAAUAUCCCGAUGCCAAGCUGCUGUUAGGUCUUGGUUCUCCCGCAACCCAGUGCUUCUGGGAAGGUGUCGCAACUUCUUGGAUCCUGGAAUAAAAGGCAGAUGUGAGCCUUUAAUCAUUGUGGUUCCAUGUUUUUCCUCUUUGUUGGUUGGUUUGGUGCAUGUUGGUGGGGGUUGUUAUGCUAUUUUGCUUCUCCCAUCAAAAUAGAGAAACUGCCAAAGGUUUUCUGUUAAAAAAUAGUGAUGUUUCCAUAACAAGUUUUCCAAGGUAUGCUAUUUCUUAAAUUUAUUCAUUAUUUCCCUCCAGUGUAAUGAAUGGAAUGAAUUCACUUGAAGUACCUCAUGAAAUGAUCAGCGUUGCACAAAUCAAAAUUGAGCCUUCUUUGAACUGCAAAAACACUUUUGACCAGUACAUCCUGGAAAUUUGAAAACCUACUAAGGUUUAAAAUUUACCUUGUUUAGAGAACUUCCGACUUUUGAGGAAAAUCUAGCUUUCCAGGUAACUAAAGUGAACAUGAGCUAAGUCUCACCAGUAUGCUUCCCCUGAGAAAUGAAACACUUAGGCCUCAUACGAUGAUCUGCACGAGAAAUCUGAAGUUCAGAGCAGGUUUCCCAUAUUGCGUAAUCCAAUGUAAGUUCUAUACAGGACAUUAGAAGUCAUUUGUUUGGGGUUUGUGGAUGUUUCCCCCUGAUUUUUCUAAAGAGGCAAACAUAAACUCAUCACGUUUUCAUUGUACAUAACCCACCUGUUUUAUCACUGCUCUAGUCUCAGGGGUGGGCCCUUGUUUGCCAACACUGAGAAUACGGUUCACUGGCUUUGGGGAAAAGUGGUGAGGCUCUGUCCUUCAUCCACUCAACUAACAUGUUCAUUACUAAAUGCCAGCCCUGUGCCGGUCCUGAGCCCGGCUCUGAGGACGCCACCCUGAGCGGUCAGCUGCCACCCCCACAGGAUGGAAGCUGGCAGCCUUCCCUCCUACUUAGUGGGUUUUAGGGUUUUUCAGUUUGUUUGGCCUUUGUUUGUUUUCUUGUUUUGUUUUACACCCCUCCCAACCUUCCAGGCAUAAUGAGGCAUGUCUUAUUCAAUGUUAUGCAAUGGACUUAUACAAAAAUUCACUCUUCAUGUCAGCCACACAAUUUUUUUUAAAGCAGUAUAUUCACCUGUAAAUAGUUUGUGUAAAAUUUGACAGAAAAGUAUAUUUACUACACUGUAAAUACAUGUGAUGAUAUAUUGUAUUAUUUUGCUUUUUUGUAAAGCAGUUAGUUGCUGUACAUGGAUAACAAAAAUUUGAUUAUUCUCGUGUUAGUAUUGUUAACUUCUUCCUGCGACUGCGUCCCAUCAUUUAAAGAAAAUGCUGUGUAUUGUAAACUUACAUUUGUAUAUGGUAACUUCCUCUCCUUUCCAUCUGGGCCUAGACUCUGGCAGUUCCCUCGUCUACAACCUUGUUAAUAUUGUAUGCCAGCAGGAGAGAUACUGCCCAACAGUCAGAACCGAUCAUUGUAGGGGAAAAUUGUAGAACUCCAUCUCAGAUCACUGUUGUUCCCCACCCCAUCUUCCUCCCUGUGUAUGUACUCCACCCCCCCCCCUUUUUUAAGUAAAAUGUAAAUUCAAUCUGCUCUAA